AUGGCAAGUGCUAAAAUUUUGCUUCGCUUCGCACCAUCACCCACCGGUCCCCUUCACUUGGGGGGCCUCCGGACUGCUUUGAUUAACCACCUUGUCGCGAGGAAGCUGAGAGGGAAGUGGAUUCUCAGAGUAGAAGACACUGACCAGAGCAGACUGGUUCCAGGGUCUGUGAACAACAUAAUAUCGUGCCUGGGUUGGGCGGGUUUAGAGUAUGAUUAUGGGCCUUAUCGGGACGGCCUUUAUGGGCCAUACUUCCAGUCCAAGCGACUUGAUCUCUACCACUUCCAUGCUCGCGCAUUGCUUGAGGCAGGUCAUGCGUACCGAUGCUUCUGUGGACCAGAAAAGUUAGCCGAAAUUCGUGGGAAGCUCGCGAAACUAGGAUCGAAGGCGACGUACGACAGAACUUGCUUACACCUCCCAGAAGAGGAGAGUAUCCGCCGAGUCAAGGCUGGAGAGAAAUACGUGAUAAGACUAAAGGACGCCUCAGUGUUUCCAGAAUCUCCAGAUCCCAACGAUCUGAAUGAUCUCGUAUUUGGUUCGCAUCGGCAGUCAGCAACUUCGCGCGCCACGGACACUAUUUUGAUCAAGACCGACCGCUUUCCGACAUACCAUUUUGCCUCCGUAGUGGAUGAUCAUAAUAUGGAAAUAACCCAUGUUAUUCGCGGUGAGGAAUGGCUGUCGUCCUUACCGCUGCACCUUGAACUAUAUUCGGCUCUAUCCCAAAAGCCUCCGCAGUAUGCGCAUGUCCCCUUGCUUCUGAAUAAGGAUGGGUCCAAGAUGUCGAAACGUAAGGGGGACACACAGGUUUUUGAUUUCAUUGAGCAAGGAUGGCAACCAGAAGCAGUUCUAAAUUGGCUUGCUCUUGCUGGUUGGAGUCGAUCUCAUGAUGAUGAAUCACAAGUUCAGGAGAGAAAAGUUUCUGUGGGCACAACAUCAACGGCUCCCGACGAUGUACUAGCUCUUGAUGAGCUCAUUCAGAAGUUUGACUUGGCGAGUCUGACGCAUCGGAAGAACAUCCUAGACCCUACAAAGCUCGCCUAUUUGAAUAGACACCAUCUCCAGAUACAACUAUCUCGACCCCAGACGAGGAUAGCGAUCGUUCGGAAGGCAACCAGAAUCGGGGAAAACUCUGCGAGAACACCUAUUAAUAGCCGCAUUAGCGAUUUCAUUACGACGGAGUACGUUGCAAAGGCUCUUCCGUCACUCAUGGAACGUUUAGCAAAUCUCAAAGAUUUGCCAACAGUCGCUCCGUAUUUGUUCACAGAACCGAACUUCUCUUCCUCCGAUGCCAAGGUGAUGUCGAAGUCGUUCUCGGAGGAUACGCUAGCUACGAUCAAGUCCAGUGCUAGCCUGGCUUUAGCAGCAGUACCAUGCCAUGAGUGGAAUGCAGGGACAAUUCAGGGUGCUAUCUCCAGUCUUAAGCAGAAUGCAGACUUUGCAGAGACGACUUGGAUGAAGGUCCUCCGAUACGCGCUAACGGCCUCCAAGAUUGGACCCUCGAUUCUAGACAUUAUGUGUAUUCUCGGACGCCAGCGCACUCUGACAAGGUUGUGCUAA